CGCAUAGUUUUGAAGUCAGAGCCAUGUCUUACGGAAGAGAGUAUUCACGGCAACCGCAACGUUUCGUCGAAGAUCAAUAUUUCGAAAGCAGUGUUCGUAAUGAAAGAAAUGUCGAUGAGAAUGAGCUCGAUAUUCGUCUCAGGCGACGGAGGCAAUCACACUUUCCACCAUCGGACUACAACAGGAAUACAAGUGGGCCGGUUUUUGUAAGAGGAAACGGAAUUGAGAGCCUUCGAGAGCCUUCACCUAUAUCCAACAAUAGAAGGAUUGAGGGACCCAUCGAGCAGCGUGGUCCAGAUGUCAAGCGAAGACCUAGGUCUCGAAGCCCUGUUAGGAGAGAGAGUGUGGAGAGAGAGCGCGAAGAUCGGCAAAGUGCUGUCUUUGACCGGAGGAUAAUACAUGACGAGAAAGUACGACCAGUGGAUGAAGUUUUCCUCGACCUUUCUCAAAACAACGACGUGACAGUCCAUCUCGAACUCGGUAUUACAGAAGAUCUAGAACUCCAUCUCGAAGAGUUUUGUCGUCUGGGAAGGUUAGGAAAGUACCAUGCGGCAAUGCAAUUCUUCCACGAAAACCUUCGAGACCAAAUGGACAAUCCCUACGUCUUUCUACAAUACGCCUCGACAUUGCUGGACAUGGGAGAUUACAGAAGUAUUCGGCUAUUGACUCUACCUUAUAACAAAACUCUUUCAGCAAACAAUGUUCUACGGAAGAAUUGGGCCUCGAUCCAGCUUUUUUCUAUGAUGCACACUGUGGGUUUAAGCAAAGAUGAUGAGCAACUUGCAGAGCGUUGUUUGUUGGGCAACCGGUUGCUUUUGGGUACUACUGAGUGCCAAGUUUUGAGCCUUCUCUUUCACGUUUUCGACAAACUCAAUAAAGCCCCGAAAUCUGUGUAUCAUGGCCCCAAAACGAUCUAUCAAGAUCUGCUUCGUGAGGGUCGUAUAUGGGACUUCCGAGACAUCUUUAUAGCUCAGAACCUCUACUUUGGUUUAGAGCGAGCAUGUUCGAUGGUCUUUGACCCAGAUGACGAUGUUCUCGACAGGAUCACUUCAGAUUGGUCGACUGAUGUUUAUGAUGAGUCUACUACCAUGGGUCUCUUAGACCUUCUAGUUUCUCUAGUGCUCGCUGCUCCGUUAUCCUCGGAAACAUAUUUAAUUUCUCAACGACACCUCAACAAGGCAGGAGAAUUUAUACAGUUGAUCAUGCAAAACGAUCCGAACAACCUCAACACUCGACAAUAUUUGCGAUGGAUGAUAGCAGAAGUCAUGAUAUCGAGCUAUAUACGCAACGAUACCCCUGAACCCCUAGAAGUUCCGGGUCUGGUCAUUGCCGAACGAACUCUCUUAGAUCUCCCUGUCCAAGUUCCAGUCAAAGCAGGAUUGGAGAAUCCAAAAUGGGCUCAUUUCUGCUCCCCAUCAGCGUCCACCGAUACACAACGACUUGCAUUAGCAACAGCGAGACAGCUCGGAGACUACCAGACCGAGGCAAUGUGCCUCAAGCUACUGAUCAUCGAUUCUCAAGACCCGACGGAGUUUUUCGACCAGCUGAUGCACUUGCAAAAAACAGUCCAGGGUGACAUUGAAGGGUUUCUGCGAACAUGUGUCUCGAGGUACAUGGUGUGUCGGGACGAAGCAUCACGGCAGAGUCUGCGCGAAGAGCUUCUGUCCAUCGUAAAGUACGAUAAGUUCGAACCCGAAUUAGCGUGGGUACGGCACAUGAUCUUGAGAGCUCUCGCUCCUUCUGAAAGUGAUGGAGAACAGUUUCUAGAGCAGGCCAGAGAGUUAGAAGGGCUGCCAACCUAUAUUUUAGACUUCAUGAAAAAACAUGAUUUGGCGAAAGCAGACACAGCGCAGUCAACUGACAAAACGCUGGUUCGGGACCGACGGAGACUAAAUGGAGAGACAACGACAUUCGCAAAGACAGCCCUUCCGGCAAAAGGAAAGGCCCUCGAGUCUGGACGAAGGUACCGAAGUUCGAGCUUUGAUAGCUCUGAUGACUACCCGCCUCCCAAUAGAGUAGUUGGCAUGGCUUCUCAUCGUGUUGCAGAAAGCCGAAAAGAGAACGAAAUGGAAAGGAAACAUGAAAGUAAAAAGGAAGGAGGGAGAAGAGUCAACAUCGAAACUUCCGAACUCGACGACUCACCUGCUCAGACUAUUCCAGAUAGACUCCCUGCUCGGUACGCAUCUACGUCGAAAGACUCUAAUGCAGGUCAUACAAUUGAUCCAUCCAUUGCUCCGCUGGAGGAGAACGCUGGCUCAAUUACCAAGCCCAGCGAGGCACCCGCCAGGAAAUUAAAUGGUAAAAGCUCAGACAAUCCUGAGACCGAGCUAGACAAAGCUGAUGACGACUUUGGCUGGGGCUCCUUUAGCAAUAAGAAGAAAAAGAAGAAAGGCAAAGGCGCAGCUGAGGAUCCUGCGGAAACCCCACGCACGGUAAAUCCGCCAUCUACCUCUUUCGAACCAGAGCCCAAGCCCAACCUUGAAAAUGUUGAUGACGAAUUUGGCUGGGGCUCCUUCACCAGCAAGAAGAAAAAGAAGAAAGGAAAAGACGCAUUUGAAGAUAUUGUGGAAAGCUCACUCACAGCAAAUGAACCAUCUGCCUUUUUCGGACCAGAUCCCAAGCCCGACCUUGAAAAGGUUGAUGACGACUUCGGUUGGGGCUCCUUUGGCACUAAGAAGAAGAAGAAGAAAGGCAAAGGCGCAAUCGAGGACCCAGUCAAAAACCCAUCCAAGGUCAAUCCACCGUCUACCUCUUUCGAACCAGACCCCAGGCUCAACCCUGAGAAAGUCCAGGAAGAACUUAGGCAGGGCCCCUUCCCCAACCAAGACAAGAAGAAAAACAACAAAGUUGAGUUUGGGGUACCAGUCGAGACGCGCGAGAAUCACGAGACGAAAAAUCAUCAACCGCCCACUUCCACAGAUUCGGAUCACGGGACAGCCAAACCACAUGAGGAUUCAACACCGAGCUAUGAGCUUAGUGAGAGCGAGACUGCCGAGAGGCCGAAGCGGAGUGAUUCCUUCGUAUCCAAUUGGAAGGACCCAAAAUAUCCCCGAGAUGAAGACGGACCUAUCGUUGGAGAAGUGAUCGAAGAUUCGCAUCUCCACCCAAACAAGUUGGUAUCUCAUUCAGCGGAGGAAGGAGAGAUGAGAGAUUACAAACCUCCAGCAGUUAGGGUCUCGACGGAAGAGGAAGAAUUAUAUAAAUAG